AUGUCACGCUUAUUCAACUGGAAACUCCGUCUGGGUCUUGGCCGAAAAACGCCAGAGCCAAAAGAAUCGAUGGCGGUGACGAUUCAGGAGAACUCAAUUCCACCAACGAUACAAAAUCAGCCAAAUGAUCAGAAAAGUCCACGAGUUCGUUUUGACGAAAAAGCUUCUGUGCAAGAAGUUUGGACAAAUGGUCCUCCCGUCGAUUAUCAGAGAAGUCCAAUCCAAAGUGUGAAUGGACCUCCUGUUAUUGGUUCUCCACUUCAUGGAUCAAGUCCCCCAAAACCUUAUCCAGGCUAUUCACCACCCACUGGAUAUCCCAUCAAUUCUGUGCACCAACUAGGCACCAUUCAAGAGUUCGAAUUUGAUCGAGGUGUUUCCAAAAAAGAUCAAAGGGCAAAUGAAUGGAAGUAUGCGGAUGAUGUGAAAGUGACAAUAGCUCCGAUUGCACACGCUGAAGUUGAUGAACAACCACGGUAUUCUCGCGAUACAACCAGAGCCUCAACGGUCCUCCAAAAUCUUCGCGAACAAGCAGAUCAUAUUGAAUUGAAUGAAAAAAGAAGACAGCAAAUCAACAAUCAUAAUCAACCUAUCGGUUUAAUUCAAUCUCAGCCGAGUCCUUUACCCGAACAUCCAGAUAUGAAUCGAAGUCUACAAAUUCCCAGAGCCACUCCAACUCCCCAAUCUGGCCGUCUCUCUGCUGAACCACAAUCUUCAAAGCGUGAUUGGGAACAUGAUAUGAAUGUCAUUUUUCUUCAGGCAAACGAUGAGGUGAAAAGAGUUGUUUUGCCACCAAGAAUCGAUGCGAUGGAACAAAUUAAAAUGGCUUUUGUUCGAGUGUUUCCACAUAUCACGAGGGGUUAUAUUGAGCAACCAUUCGUGAAGAUCUAUAUUCAAGAUCCAGUGAAGGGCUUAUUCUAUGAAUUGGAUGAUUUGAGGGAAGUCCGUCACAAGACUGUAUUGCGAUUGAGAGAACAGCGCGCAAAUGGGGUCGCAUCUCCUGUACGCCAUCUUGAUCAUCCUGAUUAUCAUUCAGAAGCCGAAGUUGAUGAUGCUAAUCGUCAUCGUUUUGUCUCUCUUGCCCGCCCAGCUUCAGCAAUGGCUCGUGCAAGGGAUCCAUACUAUGAUUCCUAUUCAUCGGAUGCUUCUGAUAGUCGGGCAAAUAGUGUCACUCGAAGCGGUUCAGCCACGCCAAUCAUUGACAAAGAAGCACGUGAUCGAAUGGAAACAAUGGAAAGGCAAUUAGCUGGUCUUUCUUCACUCGUUCAUACGGCCCUUGUUAGCAAAGGGAUGCCAGAAUCGGCCCAAAGGGAUAUGGCCGACUUGAGGAGACAAAUCCUUGCCUUGCAUCCCGAUCCUGACAGACUUCCAAAUGAAAGUCCCGCUCCGGCAUCCGAGCUUUCAACGAGUCCUUCAAAUCGACGAGAUCUUGUCACUCUUCGAGAACGGAUACACGCAACUGGCACUGAUUGUCGCCAACUUCGUUCUACAGCACAAGCGAACGCACAAGAAGCACAAAAUAUGUUACAAGAGGCGAGUCUAGAAAUCACCCGAAUGAUCUCCCAACAAAUUGCUGGCUCAACUCAUCCAGUAAUACGUCGAUCACAAACACCCCAAAUUCAGGCCAAGGAUGAUUUUGAAGAAGGUCGAAUGAGAGAUGAACAUGAAACAAGGACAAGAGCUUUGAUUGAUACUUUGGCGACCUUUGAAAAAAACGUGGAAUCAUUGAGAACCUCGGUGUUGAGUGCAAAUCGAAAAUUGAAGAUGAGUGAAGUGGAACAAUUAACAGAACAACUCACACAAAUUGGAAGAACGGCUGCAUCAAUUAAAACGGAUUUCCCGUCUUUGCAAUCGAAAAUUGAGACCCGAAUAAAACAAGAUAUGGAAAGAGUUGUAAGAGAUGAAAAAUAUAUUCGAGAAGAGACACAAGCCGUUGAUCAAAGUCUUCGAAGAUGCAAAGCUCUCGCAAAUAUCAUGGUGACAAUGAAAAAAUUGGCCAUGGUACAAGAUCCAUCACUUGGCCGAGGACAUCAUGCACAAAGAAACUCAAAAAACACGAAUGUCUCGUUAACAUUGCCUCCACCAAUUCCUCUGUCAUCUCAUCUACCACCUCCUCCACCUCCUCCAUCAACCGAACAAAUUCCCCCACCACCUGUUCCCCCAUCACCGAACAACUAUUCGCGACAAGAGACACCGCAAACAAGCACUUUAGAUUCGGUUCUCGAUGAAGUGCAGAGUAUUCCGUCUGUUCCUCAUCCGCCAGCUGUUUCUUCUUUGAUGCAUCCUUCCAUCCAAGCUGUGCCAACCGGUCAACCCCCUCGCCCUCCAUCACGUACCUCAGUGAGCGAUGUGCGCUCGAAAUUCAAGCAACCACCCGAGUUACCUGAGCAAAUUCGAAGUCUAAUCGAAGAUGCGAAACGAUCUUCACCUUCUCUUGAUUCCCAAGCGAAUGAGAGAACACCAAAAACAUUGGAUGAACGUCAACGUGAACUCGCCGAGAAACAGCGUCAACUCACCUCACAAUUUCAUCAGAUGCAAUCCCUUCCACAGUCACAAUCCUCA